AUGCUGAGGAACCUCCUGACGUUCAUCUUCUACGUGAAGCAGAUGGUCCUGCUCUACUCGGCCACGGCCAUGAAGCCGGCCUUGAAGGACAUGAUGCUCCGCAUCUUCGGCGUGCCCCUCCUCAGCGACCACCUUGCACAGCUGCAGGGCACCGAGUACACUCGAAAACCGGAGAACUGCAGCCUUCCUUCGGGGCUGAGAGCCUAUGGAGCGGCCGGGGUCAGGGUCAGAAUCUGCGACCUGUGCAGAACAAGGUACGUCCUCGACAAGAAGGGCCAGGCCAUGUUGGCUACACCGAAGACAUCACCUACGGCACGGACACCCCUGAACAUCCCCGACAACGUUCUGAACGCGAUCAAAGGAAAAGCAGGUCCCAGCGGCGCCGCGGUAAACAAUCCGUCCCACGCAUCCUCGCGGCCCUCCUCAACCUCCUCGCAGGGAUUUGUGCCACCUCGUCGGUUGACUCGCCCCAUGUCGACGGCAACAUCGUCCAUGGCAGCGGCGUCGUUUUUGAAAGCUGACGCGAAGAAUCCACCGCGGGCAUCAAGAACAUCUGUGCCACUCACAUUGCGACGGAGGCAAUGGCGUGGAUCGGACAGCGACCGGAUGAGCACGGGCGCGGGAGUCUACAACUCCGACAUGGAUUGGACCGAGGCCCACCCGGAGACAGCGGACCCCGUCGACAUGAGCUAG